GACAUAUUAAGACAUCUCACCGUCAGAUUUUACAUGAUAUUGUGAAAAUUUCAAUAAUUGGAACAUUUAACUAAACAAAGAAAACAAUGCCGAAGCAAAAGUUUCCACAUAGAGAUGUAUCGACAGUGUUACAAAGAAUAAGGGAGCUUUUACUUGGUAGAAAGCAUACUUUACAUCUUCGUUUCCCUAAAGCGAUUACUCCUCGUACUAUUCCUCCUGUGGAUCUUUCUCGCAACCUCGACUCUAAGUAUUCAGAGCAAUAUUACUAUACUAGAAAUGCAAUGGAUUCCGUAAAGCCACCUGUUGUAGCACCAAUAGCUCUUGGCAGCAAAGUACGCAGUUGCUCGAGCAAACCAAGUAUUUCCUUUGAUUCUGCACCAACUCCAGGACCUACUUGGUGGUGGGAUGGUCGUUGUUAUUAUGAAUGUACUCCAGAUGUUCCUAAACCUAAAACAACACCAACUACCCCAUGUACUAUCGAACCUCAUUGUGCCCAAAAACCAAAAGUAGAAGAUCCUUGCAAGUAGUUUAAUAAUAAUAAAAUACCAUGUUCCCACUUUACUUUUUACAAUGGGAAAAAAUAACUAAUACAAAACUUACCAUUGCUUAAGUAAUGCUCUAUUUAGAAGAUUACAAUUAACAAGAUCGUUAACUUGUUGGAUCUUUUGAAUGUGUAUACCUACAUGAUAUGAUUAUGAUUCUAUUGGAAAAAGAACAUUCGAAAAUAAAAUGUUUUUGAGGA